AUGGGAACAAGCCCUCCCCAAGUGGUUCCUCUUGCGGACCACUUUUCUGCUGGCUCUGGGACUUUGGCCACCUAUAAAGUGGAGUGAUGGAAAAUAAGGAAAUUCUCAAGGAAGAGGAAUUUUUGGUGAGAUCUAGAGAAGCCACGGCUCUGGAACCAACCAUGUUCUCUACCAUGGAGACCUUUGAAGUCCACGAUAAAAAGCCCAAGAAGAGAACUGGGAGGAACUGCUGCAUCGCCAUAGUGGCCACCUACCUGAUCCUGCUCUCUGCGGGUGUGGGAAUGCUGGCGGUGCAAGUUAUGAACCUGCAGAAGCAGCUCUUGGAGAGCCUCUUCGACAAUGGAACACUGGCUGCCGAGGGCAUUCCAUCCUUCUCCUUGCUCCGGUCGGCACGGCUCCCACACCAGGCUGGCAGCACCAGCAGGCUACAUACCCUGCAGACCCAGCUCAGCCAGGUCUGCAGCCAGCAGGAGCACCUGCAGCAGCAGGUGGAUAACUUCACUCGGAGUCCAGAACUUUUCAGAGUCAAAGGAGAACGAGGUGCUCCAGGACCCCAAGGCCCCCCAGGACUAAAGGGAGAGGCAGGUGUCCAAGGACCCAAGGGUGCUCCAGGGAGUCAAGGAGCCACUGGUACCCCAGGACCCCAGGGGAUGAAGGGCAGCAAAGGCGACGGGGGUCUUAUUGGCCCGAAAGGGGAAACUGGAGCUAAGGGCAGCAAAGGAGACCUGGGCCCCCCAGGAAGCAAGGGGAACAUGGGUGAAAAAGGAGCCAUGGGCAUCAUGGGGCCCCCUGGACCCCUGGGGACUAAAGGUGACUCAGGAAAACCAGGUUAUCCAGGUGUGCCUGGAGUUCCGGGAAUUAAAGGAGAUCAAGGUCAGCCUGGGGCCAAUGGUCCCCCGGGGACAGUUGGUGCUGCGGGACCCCCGGGUAUCCCGGGUCAGCAAGGCAAACCUGGAUCCACUGGACUGACAGGACCACCAGGGAGACCCGGGAGCCCAGGGCCAGAAGGCAUGAAAGGAAGCAAGGGGGACACAGGACUUCCAGGACAGAAAGGGACAAAAGGAGAAACAGGAGUCCCAGGCCCAGCAGGCAUGAAGGGAGACAGAGGAAUUCCGGGGCUGGUAGGCCUUCAAGGUGCUCCUGGAGCAGCUGGCAAAAAGGGAGAUCCGGGACUGAAAGGAUCUACUGGACAGAAAGGAGAAAAGGGAGAAAAAGGUCAAAAAGGCCAGUCGAUGUUGCUCGUCAAGAUCGUUGGCUCUGCCAGCCGGGGCCGAGCUGAAGUUUUCUACAAUGGUGCCUGGGGAACCAUUUGUGAUGAUGACUGGGACAACUCAGAUGCCACUGUCUUCUGCCGCAUGCUGGGCUACACUACAGGGACGGCCAUUUACAACGUGGGAGCUGGCACUGGGAAUAUCUGGCUGGAUAAUGUCGGCUGUCAGGGGAGAGAGGAUUCCCUGUGGGACUGCCACAGCAAUGGCUGGGGCUCUCACAACUGCAACCACGGCGAGGACGCGGGCGUGAGCUGUAGAUGACCCUCAGCAGGCAGCCUUCCUGGGUCCUGCAGACUCUGACACUCAGAAGGAGGCUGGCACUCACCUGUAGGGCUCCUGGGAGAGGCUGGGCAGUCUCUGGGCUGGGGGCACUAAUAAAGUUCCCAGCACUGCCAUUGCCUAGGGUUGAAAUAAUAAGAGUUUAUGUUGAA